CAGUGAGACGGUGCCAGAAUCUUGCACUCAUUCGCGGAGCGGAGACAGCGGCUCAGUCCGGGCGGUCCCGGGCUCUCUCAGCGGCUCAGUCCGGGCGGUCCCGGGCUCUCUCACCGGGGACAGGGGUUCAGCCCGGGCGGUCCCGGGCUCUCUCACCGGGGACAGGGGUUCAGCCCAGGCGGUCCCGAACUCGCUUUCUGGGGCAGGGCUGCCCUCCAGGGGAUGGCACGGCGGCGCGGUGAGUCGAGCAGCCCGGGUACAGAGUGUAGCCUGGAGGCGGGCAGCCGGGAGAUGAGUGAGCCGUGGAAAGGGGCUCUGGGCUGUGUUGGGGUGGCCCUGCUCUUUCUCAUGACCAUCGGGGUACUGUACUGGCAAGUGGCCGAACGGCCAGAGCCUGCCUGGCUGAUGAAGGGCCAGCUCAGCGGGCUGCUGUGGCACAGCAAGAAGUCAGCGCUGGCCCUUCGCUCCGUGCUCGGGGAGCAGUCAUUCGCCCUCAUCCAGCCUCGGCACCUGCCACUUUCCGGACACACGCUCCUUACCAACCGCUGCUGGUUCAACCAGAGCCGCCUGUGCUCCAGCUGGGACGGCGUGAGUGAGCUGCAGAUCCUGCUGGAACCCAUCAACCAGAGCCUGGCCGAAUGUUACCGAGUGGAGUGGACCCCUAGACACUGCCAAGUGGCCCUCAAGCAACCUACAGGACACGCCCACAGGCUACGGAUCAGUGUUGGAGAGGUAUUUCCUUGGAUCAACAGGUUUCCAUUCUGGAGAUUACAGAAAGCUGCUGAUAUCGUUCCAAAACUCGAGCACAACCUCAGAUCAUUGUCCAACAAACUGAAGCAGCAUCAGCUGGGAGACGGCGUCCUCGAUCUCACUGAGCAACACACACAGCUACUGUUUGCAGAGGAACACAGUGCACCUGACAGCCCAGGGAAGACUCGCAUUCCAAACAGCAGAUACCCAAACUUGCAUCAGCUGAGACUGUGCAUCACACUCUCCCCCUACAUCAGCAUUGACUCCAACCAGUUCCGGACAAUCCUACAACAAGGGAGGGAACAUUUCUGGAUCAGCCUUCCAGCAACAACACAUUCACCUCAGGUCCCUUUCGUGAUGAAGUGGAGGGGAAAGUUUGUCGUCAAGUUGAAUCUCAGUAAUGAGGAAGCACGUGACUGGUUUGUGGCCCAGGCCCACAGGCUUCACAGAAGGUUAGAAGUCAAAUACAUCACCCUGGAAGGAGGAGAGGGAAGGCCCAAUAUCGACUGGUUUCAGCAUCAUUCCGGGCAAUUCAGCAGUGAUGAAUACAUCACCCAGUUCACACUGCUGGCUGAGGAGCUGGGAAAUACAACCAUUAUAUCAACUGCUACACAGACUGCUCACAUCCCUGUCUUUGUUCGGAUGGCUCCUCGCCAGUCAGACUGGAGUUAUGCAGGACUGAAGGGGCUCAUUCCCACUGUUCUUCACUACAGCUUGCUAGGAUACAGUUUCUUCAUUCCGGAUGCUGUAGGAGGCUCGCUGACAAAAGGAUUCCUUGCGGAUGAGGAACUAUUUAUUCGUUGGUUGCAGAUCGUGACCUUCUUACCAGUAAUGUCAUUCAGUACCCCGCCUUGGGUCUUUGGUGAGAACUGGAUUGUGAAUGUGACCCAGAUGUGCAUACAAAGACACCAGAGCUUUGUGGUGCCACUCAUUAUAAAACAGGCUGCAGAGCUGGCAUCCCUUGGGCACCCUGUGUUUCGACCACUGUGGUGGGUCAGUCCAGAUGACCCAAAGACAUUGACUGUUGAUGACGAGUUUCUGAUUGGAGAUGAGGUACUGGUGGCACCGGUGACGGCACCAGGCAGAGUUCACAGAGACAUCUACCUGCCAGGAAGCAGCUACCAGUGGAAGGAUGUGAACACUGCGCAGAUGUGUCUUAAAAACGAAUUGCUCAAACUUUUCUGCAAGUUGUAUAAAUCUUCAUGUAUCAAGUCACAUGCCACGUCUUGAGGCUCUUGGUUUUGAAUUUUGCGUUGAUGCUCAAUUCCCGAGAAGGGGACCUGUAAAAACAUCUAUAAUAUUCCAAAAUUCAGUCAGAAUCUGCUACUUGCCGCCUUCUGUUUUUGUGGUACAACUAGGUGUCUGUCUGUGACAGCACUGGGGCUCAGCUGGGGUGUCCUCCAGAGACUACAGACUACUAUACCAUCACUCCCCACCCCACGUCCCUGGAUGCCUUUCAUUUGUCUCUUCAUCGUCACUUGGAAAUGUUUUACUGUUAGUUCUGGCUUUGGGUCAAAAUCCUGGACUUCACUUUGUCACAGCAUUGUGGCAGUGGACAGCAGUGUUUCACCAGGGAAACCUUAUUGAGGUCAAAUGAUGGUGGGUAAUUAAUAGCCAGCAAUGCCUAACUCCUUGAGUGAAUGUUUGGAUUGUAUAAAGGAUGAUGUUGAAUUGCUUUAUUAAACCUAUGGGACUGCCAGAAAUGCUGCAGUUUAUUCACUGGAAGAAUAUGAGAGGGCAUUCAGAAUCUGCAGUUUCUCAGAGUUUUGGGAAGGAGAUGGGGAUUCUACCAACUGGUCACUUCCAGCAAGUUCAUCUCCAGUUUCUCUUUACUCAAGUGUCACCAAAUUGCAAAGCAGCUUUGAAGAAAUAUUUACCAAAUGUCAUGAUAUUACAAAUUGCCACAUUUAAGAAGUGACUUAUUUAGAAGUGAGCUAAUGAAUGCAAAAAAGACAUGAUGUGGGGUGUUGGGCUGAGGUGGACAAAGUCAGAUGUCACAUGACAUCAGGUUAUAGUCCAACAGGUUUAUCACACAACCUUUUGGAGCACUUCCCCUUUGUCAGGUGCACUGAGAGAGCAGAGCAUACAG